GUUCUGUUGUUGGAAUAAGUGUGUAUGGAAUUCACAGGAAUGCAUCUGUCUGGGAAAACCCUAAUGUCUUUGACCCUCUGCGUUUCCUACCAGAGAACAUUGCCAUGAGAUCUCCUCAUGCGUUUGUGCCCUUCUCAGCUGGGCCAAGAAACUGCAUCGGUCAGAACUUUGCUAUGAAUGAGAUGAAAGUGGUGACAGCUCUGACACUGAAGCGAUACCAGCUCAUAGCGGAGCCCACUAUGAAACCCAAGAUCAUCCCUCGACUGGUUCUCCGCUCACUCAAUGGCAUCCACAUCAAGAUCAAACCUUUAGACGCAGAGAGCUAAAGUGCACUAACUGCAAGAAAAAUUACUUUAUUUAGAAAGUAAAUAAUUUAUGUUGAUUUGAAAUACUUCUACUAUGUAACAAGCUUUUACAUAUAUAUUCAUGGACUCUGCCGUGCAAUUUAUGUUUUUGGGAGAAAUUGUCAUAGAGAAUAUGUGUCACAAUACAUUGUAUAUAAUUUCCCCAAUUUUGGGUUGUUUUUUUCUUACAAAAAUAACAGAGAUUACAAAUUCAAAUACAUAAAUAUGUCCUCAUUCAAAAAUGUCUUGUGAAACCUGCAUUGGCUUAUGGGAUGAUGAUGUCACAAUGAAAGUGACAUCAUCACAGUGAAAAUGUAAGCAGUAAAAGUAAAAAGCCGUCAAAAAAAUGACCACAAAUUCAGAUACCUGAAAAUUCUACUUAAGCACAGUAAUGAAGUAUUUGUACAUCGUUACUUCCCAUCUCUGCCUAGUGGUGGCUCAGGUUCGCAGUAUCAGUUUCUCAAUGACAACAUCUCCACUCAGAUUAAAGAAAAAAAAACCCUCAGCUGGAAAUGGCAGUGGUAACAUAACCAUUCUUAUUAGCACGACCUAAAUCAUCUGCACACCAGGGAUGUUCCUGGCAAUUAAUUGCUUAGUCAACUAAACGAGGGGGGAUAGAGUAACCAACUAGUCUCAAACUAAGAAACACAUAGAGUUAAAUUUGAAAACCAUUUAAUGGAAAGUUUCAAAAUAAAUGAUAUGAAAACCA